GCUACUUAAGUCUAGGCCCCUUGCUUCUCUCUCCCUUUGUGCUAAGGGCUAAACCUGCAAGAAAGAAAACGAUAUGGGUAGCAUGGACGCAAACCCCGCCGCCGCCUUCUCCGCCUUUGCCGCCGACGGCAAGGCGCCAUUCCAGCCCUUAAACCCCGAAGACGUGCGUGCCUACCUCCACAAGGCCGUCGACUUCAUCUCCGACUACUACACCAACAUCGAGUCCAUGCCCGUGCUCCCCAACGUCAAGCCCGGCUACCUGCAGAACGAGCUUGGGGCGUCCCCGCCGACCUACUCGGCUCCCUUCGACGUCAGCAUGAAGGAGCUCAGGACCUCCGUCGUCCCCGGCAUGACGCACUGGGCCAGCCCCAACUUCUUUGCCUUCUUCCCCUCCACCAACAGCGCCGCCGCCAUCGCCGGCGACCUCAUCGCCUCAGCCAUGAACACCGUCGGCUUCACGUGGCAAGCCUCUCCCGCGGCCACCGAGAUGGAGGUUCUCGCGCUGGACUGGCUCGCGCAGCUGCUGCGCCUGCCCACGACCUUCAUGAACCGCACCAGCUCUGGCCGUGGCACAGGCGGCGGCGUCAUCCUCGGCACCACCAGCGAGGCCAUGCUCGUCACGCUCGUCGCCGCCCGCGACGCUGCUUUGCGUCGGAGCGGCUCCGUCGGCGUGUCCGGCCUGCCGCGGCUGACGGUCUACGCUGCAGACCAGACACACUCCACCUUCUUCAAGGCGUGCCGCCUCGCCGGCUUCGACCCAGCCAACAUCCGCUCCAUCCCCACCGGUCCCGAGACCGACUACGGGCUCGACCCGGCCAAGCUGCUCCAGGUCAUGCAGGCUGACGCUGACGCCGGCCUCGUGCCAACUUACAUCUGCGCCACAGUCGGCACCACCUCGUCCAACGCCGUCGACCCGGUGGGCGCGGUGGCGGAUGUCGCCGCCAUGUUCAAUGCGUGGGUCCACGUCGACGCCGCCUACGCCGGCAGCGCGUGCAUCUGCCCGGAGUUCCGCCACCAUCUCGACGGCGUGGAGCGCGUGGACUCCAUCAGCAUGAGCCCACACAAGUGGCUUCUCACGUGCCUCGACUGCACCUGCCUAUACGUCCGUGAUGCGCACCGUCUGAGCGACUCGCUCGAGACGAAUCCGGAGUACCUCAAGAACGACGCUACCGACUCCGGCGAGGUCACCGACCUGAAGGACAUGCAGGUCGGCGUCGGCCGGCGAUUCCGUGGGCUCAAGCUCUGGAUGGUCAUGCGCACCUACGGCACCGCCAAGCUCCAGGAGCACAUCCGCAGCGACGUGGCCAUGGCCAAGAUGUUCGAAGACUUCGUCCGUGCUGACGACAGGUUCGAGAUCGUCGUGCCCAGGAACUUUGCUCUCGUGUGCUUCAGGAUCAAGGCCAAUGGAAGCAUGACGGAGGAGGACGCCGAUGAGGCCAACCGUGUGCUCAUGGACAACCUCAACAAGACCGGCAAGGCGUACCUUGCGCACACCGUGGUUGGCGACAGGUUCGUGCUCCGCUUCGCCGUGGGUUCAUCGCUGCAAGAGGAGAGGCAUGUCAGGAGUGCAUGGGAGCUUAUCAAGAAGACCACCAGCGAGAUCAUGGCGUAA